AUGUUGUGGGUAUCUUUGGCGUGGGCCCUCGGGCUUACCACAGCCUAUCACAUGUUACCACCAAAUAACUUGGAAGACCAAGCGAAAUGCCAAAACGAUGGUUUCUAUUUGAAUAAUAAUACAUGCUGGUGUAAACCGUAUUUCAAAGGAGAUUCGUGUCAACAACGAAUUUGUAUGAAUGGAGGUCGAAACUAUGGUGAAGAAACAACUAGAUGUAUUUGUCCAUCCGGAUUCCUUGGGGCAAAUUGUGAACCAAGAGCAUGUCUGGGUGAUGUGAACGAUAUUUUCAAUCCUCCAGUUACCAGAAGGAGUGCCACUUUUCUCUUUACUUCCACACCUGAUAUGAACGAUAAAAUUAAAAAAUCUGGCGAUGAUUUUCUGACUCACAUUCAGCAACAAUUUGAUAAACAAAAGAUCGUGUUGGGUACUUGUUUGGAAUCAAUCAAGGACAUCUUCUGUAAUGAAGAGGACGGAUAUUGUCCCAUCGAUUUCAUGCCGUAUAAAGCUGUUUUGGGGGCUGUUCGACGAUCAUCACCCAAUUCACCGGAAAACUAUGAAACAAUCAUCCAAGAAGCCACAAUGAUGGGAGUGACAAUCAAUACAUUCCUUUAUGGACCAGCAGGAAUCAAUCGUGAUACAGUCUACAUUCAAAAUGGGUUUGCCGAAUAUGGGGAAUUUGCUGCAGCAACGGGAGGAUUCUACGUGACACCAUACAAUUAUCAACAAAACGCUCUGAUGGGAAAUGUUUCUGUAUCGGAGGCUUUGGAUAUCGUUCACAAUGUGAUCACCACAUCGUAUCCUAUUCACUUUGAUCCAACACCCGAUCCGACAUACUAUCACUCGGAAAAUGGAGUAUUCUACUUCACGUUCCGAACCAAUGAUACAGCCGAUCUCUCUUUUUUCAUUUCAUUUAUUUUGCCUGAACCCAAGCGCAUUGAUUCAUUUGAGAUGACCCUCACUGAUGCUGGGUUUACAAAGAUCUACACGCUUGAUCUGAACAGUACCAAAUCAAUGUAUGCCAUGCUGCAAACUACUUCAAAUGGUCCAGUGCGCGGUGUUCGAGUAUACGGUCAACCAUCUUAUCCAUUAUCUUUGGCCAUUUCUACAGCAAUUCAAGUCGAUGCAUCUCAUCCACACGCUGUGCCAAUUCAAGGAAUAUCACCAAAUGGACCAAACAUGUUGGUAAGUGCGGGAUUAAACAUCUCAAUGAGAGGACAAAAAGUGGGCAAUUGGGUGAUCGCAAAAAAUGAUGGAACAAUGAAAAGAAAUGAUGGAGAUACAUGUCUGUAUCAAUCAAUUAUUGGAACAAUCAAGAGUUGCACACAAGGAUCCACAUGGAUUCAGGUGUCGGAUGGAAAAGAAGCAGAAAGUACAGGAAUGAUUCCAUUUUAUUGUGGAGAUGCAAUUUAUGGAACAAGCAUUCCACCAAACAUUUUCGACAAUCAUCAGAGAAAUGAUGAAAAAUGGACACCAAAAAGUAGAGCGGAUACGACCAAAUGCUUUGAACCACCGGAACCGGAACGAACAAAAUAUGUGAAUCAGGGAAAGCAGAUCAUUGGAUUUGUUAUCGAGGACAAUCCAAAAAUCACAAACGAUUUCUUGAUAGGCCCGGGUAAUAUUUUUGGGAAGUUUCUUACCAUUUUCACGCCUGAUACUAUUGCUAUCACAAAUGUUGUCAAUGGAGACAAAGGAUAUACGUUUUCUGCUACUGGAGACAUUGGCACUGUAAUGGGCAACAUUUUGAAUAAUAUUGGCUCAGAAAACCCAUCGACAAAAACCAAUUUCUACAAUGCCAUCAAAAAUGCAACAGAAAUCAAUCGUGACGCAUUAUUCUAUGAUUUGUUUGUGGUUGGAUUAUCAUCGAGUGUGUUUGAGUUUACUGAGACAACUCCCGAAUUCGAUAUGUUUGGCUAUCUCUACAAGCAACGGAUCAGGCUUCAUUGGUUGUGGAUUAAAAACGAAAGUCCCACUCCUACUCCUACUUCCGCUAAGGAAUUUGAUGAAGCCUCAAAGAAAUUAGCUGCUGGCACUGGUGGACUCUCACAUCUUUUUGAUAAUGCACAAGAAGCGGCAAAGUUCAUCAACAACUUUGAUUGGUUUUUCGGAAAAGAGUUGGUGUACAGUCAAGAAUUGAGUGACAUGAUUGAAACCAUUACUCCAUUACAAUUACAAAUCAAUGAAACGAUUUAUGUGGUUCUUGAUAGUUCGGCUACGACAAUUCCGGAUGUUGCAAUCAGCGGAAAUGAUCUAGGAAAAUUUGGACCAGUAACCACUUCCAAGACCUAUUACAUGAAAAUUUAUUAUCCAAUUGUGAAUGGAGAACAUUUAUCGAUUCGAGUCUACACGACGGUUCCAUCGUUGCAUUCUAUUGCGUUUGCUUCAGGGAAUAAAGACGAAAAAGAUGGUGAUAUGUAUGGACCAAUCUUUGGUACUCCUAUUCAAUUUCCCGUUUUCGCUACCAAUCUUGAUCUUCUAACAGGGAAUGCAACAUUCACAAUUUCUCUUCAAACAAACAGUGCCAAGGAUUAUAAACCCCUUCAAACUAGCGGUUCUAUUAUCAAAAACGACUGUGACGGCGACUUUGCCUUUUUGUAUUAUUUUAGCUACAAUUGGGUAUGCUCUCAGCCGGGGAGAAUUUAUCAACUACAGCUUUCCGAGCAGAAAACUUGGACUACAAGAACGUUUUCCUUUGUUUGUAAUCAAGAAAAUCCUGAAGAAAACAAUUUUUGUGGAGCGCACGGUGAACCGUACAAAGAUAAAGGCCUAUGUGAAUGUAAAGCUGGAUGGACGGGGCAAUUAUGUGAUAUGCCUGAUUGUCAAAAUGAUGGAAUAGCUUUAAGUGGACAUACAUGUGAUUGUCCAAACAACACAAGAGGAUUCUUCUGUGAAUAUGAUACAAACAAAACAUGCCGUCCUGAAGAUGUAAUUUUCCCCGAAUAUCGCUCAAAAAUUGGCUCUUUAAUUUUCGUGAUCGAGGAAUCGAAAAGUGUUUGGGACAAAAUUAAAACAUGGAUUGAUGAUGUUAAUAAAAUGAGUCGAGAUGAAUUUGAAGCUAAAUUCCAAUCGACACAAAUUGUUCUCGUCACCCAUGGAAAUGAUGGAAUGAAAAGCAGACUUGCAACAACCGAUCCAAAAUCAUUAAAGAAUGCUUUGAAUGAUGGGACGAAAUGGACAACUUAUGAUGGAACAACCAGCGAACGAGCCCUCAUUACAGCUCUCAAUUUACAAACAACCGAUCGUUCUCUUUUGAUUUGGGUGACAUCAUCGGUAUGGGAAAAUGGAAAACCAACUGAUGAUCCUCAGCGGAAACUCUUCAAAUUGAUUGCUGAUCGAAGAGCUGAUAUUCGGAUCUAUAUCACCGAUCAAACAACACCGCUUGGUGGUGACCCGUUAUUGAACAAAUUGGGUUUGCUCUCUGUUUCUAUCCCAAUUCAGUUAGCUGGUGUUACUGAUUUCCAACAGGUGAUUGGAAGGUACAUUUACCCAUCAUUGCCAAGAGAUAAUCAAUUCGCGCCAAUUUUGACAACUAUUGACUACAGCUCCGAUUGUUCGCCAGACAACAAAACGCUGUUCAUUCCCCAAAAUUCGGGCUGGUUUCUUUCUACUAUUGGUUUGGAAGUCACAGUCGCCGCUAGUCAAAAAACCCCAGUUUUACCAACACCUAUUGUACCAGGCCUACAAUCAUUUGACCGACUUGAGAGUGGAACAAGUUACACAUUCACAUUCACCCCAUCUAACGAAGCCGCCUGUGGAUAUUCUAUUGAAGUUCUGGGUGAAGAACAAGUUGCAUAUGGAAUUGCGAGUAAUGACGAGGAUCAAGAAUCUCUCUCUUCAGUGAUGAAUGCACAAUAUGACAACUACCUGAAUAUAAAAUGGAAUGGAGCUAUUGUGUCUCCCUAUACCGACCCUGAGUCUUCUUAUGCAGCUGAUUUCUUCCAAAAUGCACAACAAUGGACGGUGACCGAGAAUGACAAAGCCCUUUACACAAUCGAUUACACAAUCCCGGGCACCAAUCGUGUUGCAUUGAAUCACAAUCUCAGCGAUACUCAAUGUACUUACCCAUUUUUACCAAAAAUGCUUUUGUGUGAAAAUGGCACUGAAGGAUUUGUGAUAAGGAUUAAUUCCCCAUCAAAAGAGGAUGACACAAAGGUUGUACAAAAGAUGACCUACAUGCCAUGCAUCAAUCUAACAACAUGGUGUAAAAAUGGUAAAUAUGGUGGAGAAAUCUGUGAUUGCGAUAAUGGAUGGAGUGGGUAUGAUUGCACGAUCCCAACAUGCGAACAUGGGGGAAUCCGUGAUGGAACUGUGUGUAAUUGUCAGAAAGGUUUCAUUGGACCAUUCUGUGAACCACCCCCCAAAUAUGAACUUUGCACAAUGAAUGCUCGCCUUGAUAUCAUGUUCAUGAUUGACGGAUGUUUUUCUGAUCAAGAAGAUAUUACUUUGGUGUACGAUGUACUCACAAAUUUCUACGAAAAACUCUCAAUGUCAAAAAAUAUUGUGAAUGCGUCUGAUUUUUGUAAUGAUCAAAGCCAGUGGAAAGAAUGGAAUACAAGGGUUACAGGUCAAACAUAUUACAAAGAUACAUACAAAGGAGUUCUCCCACAAUUCUGUCAAGAUCAAUCACUUCUAAUUGCCAGUACAGUCAAUGGCUUAAAGCCUGGCUCAUUAAAUGUUACUUCAAUGCAAAAAAUCAUCAACAGAACGAGUCUUUUCAUUGAACAGAAGGGAUGUGUUUGUCGAAGAGGAGUGAAUCUAACCGACUAUAACGUGGCUGCAAAACAAGUCAUGAUUUGGAUGCCAUUGACACCAAAGUAUGGCGAAGAAGCACCAGAGUUUAAACGCACUCAACUUUACAGCUUUGUUCAUUACCUCUUGCCUUAUAAAUUCUCACAGAAGGAUGCUGAUGUUGAUCCAAAUUCGAUUUGGCCAAAGAUGGAAGAGAUGAAUUUGACACCGACGAAAAGCAGAAAAGAAAUUGUGCAAGCACUAUGGGAUCUCGUUUGCAAUAUAACUGGUAGCAUAGGAGAACGACCAAUUGCCCCAGAUGAUUGGACACCGCCUGAAAUAUUAUUGGAUCAGGAUGAGGCUUUUCAAUUGAAUUCGGGAAUGCAUCAAAAGAUGAAUGAAUCAAUAACUAAACUCCGUGAAGUUCUUGGAUCGAAUCUUUCACAAGAACAUGACACUGAAUAUCAUUUGAAGAGAUGGUUAACAGCUUAUAAUAGUAAUAUUGAACGAGCGAGUAUAAAAUAUCUGGAGUACUCAAAAAUUCGGCAAAACUUGGGAUACGACAGUGCACAAAAAGUGGAAAAAUUCUACAAAGAACAAGAAUCGACUUCUUGUGGCCGCUUCUCUCGUCAAAGCCCCUUGGAUAUUUCUUGGAUAAACAAAAAAGAUAAUGGAAUUGUUUUUGUGGAAAUGAGUGUUGAAGAUCCAAAACGAUUUGUGAAAGCAGUGAGUGUCGAUGAAUAUCUUCGGUCAUUUAUGGGAUACUGCGAAUAUUUCCAGAAUCUUGUACUUGAACAUGAAAAGAAAUCUGGGAGACCGUCACAUGGAAUUUGCAUUUUUGAUAUGAAAGGUAUGGCAGUUGGACCCUACAUGAAUCCAACUUCGGCAAUCAAUUCACUCAUGCAGGCUAGGAUAAACAUUUGGCUUGAGUACUAUGCAGAAUUGCUGAAACAGGUGAUUAUCGUCAAUCCUCCAAUGAUGCUAUCUCUUGUUUGGAAGGUAGCUUCACUUCUUCUCCCUUCUCAUGUCCAUUCUCGAUUCGCAUUUGCCUCAAAAUUGCCCUCACAUCUUGAAGAAUAUCUGGAUAUAAAAGCGAUUCCACAAGGAUUUGGUGGGAAUAGAAUGCCUCCACCCGGUUGUUUGACAAAUUGCUCUCAACCAGCUGAGAAAAUCACUGAAAAAGACGAAAUGAAUUUUGAUGAUUUCUGGAUAUCCCGGGGUUUAACUCCAGAUAUGAAAUCGGUGACUGUCAAAGCUGGAGAUGAGACUGUCAUCGAAUUUGAAUCUGAUGGAAAAUGUCUCACUUAUGAGAUUUCAUUAAAUGGAGAGGCACAAUGCUGGUUUCAAAAAGAUGACGAGGAUUUGACACCCCGAUUCAAGUAUUCAACCUCGAAAUUACCCGUAACUGGCGUCGUUUCUAUUAGAACCCUAUCAAAAUCUCCGAUCAUUCUUCAUAUUAUCAACACAAGUCGGAUAUUUUCAAUCAAAGCUAAAAUUGCUGUGAAGAUCAAU